UGAGAGUGUUUUCGGGGAGCGGAUGAGAUGAAGGCGCGCGCAGAGCUGUGAGAGUGUUGCCGUGUUAGAGUGAAGAUGAAGAGGCGCGCGACACCAGCGGCUCGGCACUGCGCAGCUUCGGGGGAAGGAAAGAAUGUUGGGUGGAAAUGAGCUCUUCGGUGUUCGUGCAUGACCUCCUCGCCUCUCCUCCCGGGCAGGUGAGAGGAAGCAGCGGUGAGGGUUCGAACAUGCAUACUGGGAAAUCGGAAGUGCGCAUCCACUCCAAGUGCGCGGCGCUCUUGGGAAUGCUCGGUCACCAUCACAGCUUUAACGACUUUGCUGAUCUCACGGAUCUGUGCUGGAAACAAGACGAGCGCGCGGAGUGUGUACAGGACGCUGACCUCAUCCGUCAGAAAGCGGCGGCGGCGGCGGCCCAGGAGAAGGCACAUCAGAAUAAAUCUCACACUCCGAGCUUCUGCAUGGCUCCGGGACAAGGACAAGGACACGCAAACGUGGGUCGUGUCUCAUUCUGCUCGGAGAAGGACGGAGGGAGCGAGCUAUCGGCCGAGGAGUGCGCGUUACUGCGCUGUGGACUGAACCUUCCGGCUCUUUCCGGGUCUCAGUACACCCAGAGAUCGCAGUGUGAAGCGGACUCCAGGUCUUCAUCCUUUCAGCAAGAUCUAGGCUACGUUGUCAAGCAGGAGGAAUCGCUUGCGUUCAAGCCGUCAUCGGAUUCGUCCGAGUUCUCGCCGGAGGCGGACGCCGUGGUGUCCUCGGGCCUAUCGGCGGCGUCCGCGCCGUACGCCUUUAAUAAUGAACACGGCUCCUCCCCUUCACCUGGCGUGUCUCGUCACUCGGCGCUGUCGCUGAACUCCGGCACUUUGAAGCGACACUGCCUGUCCGGCAGGAUCAACGCCGCCGCCCGGAUGUCAUUGUGCGCCAACGGCGUUGUCGAGCGCCUGAACCCGUCUCCUCCCGCCUGCCUCCUGUCUUCGUCUUCGUCCUCCUCCACGUCAUCCAUGUCGUCGUCGCUUUGCGAGGAUCCCGCGUCCAUGCACGCAACAGCGCCCGAAAACAUGAACCUGCUCCUGCAGCCGCAGAGGACGUUUCUGAAACAGGAGCCUCUGGAUGACUUUUCUCACUCCGAGGACGACCUGUUUCAGCACCAGUACCACCAGCAGCAGCAGCAGCAGCUCUCCUGCCCGCCUCGGACCCCCAUGCCCCCUCCGUACCCCCUGCACCAGUACGGCUCCGGGAACGGAGCCCAGCUCCACCUUCAGAACCAGCAGGAGCCGUUGGGGGCGGCGCGAGGUCGAGGGGAAGACGCCGGCAUCGUUUAUGUGGACAAGCAGACGUGCCGCUGGAUCGACUGCAGCGCGGCGUACGAGCAGCAGGAGGAGCUGGUGAGGCACAUCGAGAAGGUGCACAUCGACCAGAGGAAGGGCGAGGACUUCACCUGCUUCUGGGCCGGAUGCAUCCGCCGCUACAAACCCUUCAACGCCCGCUACAAACUGCUCAUCCACAUGAGGGUGCACUCCGGGGAGAAACCCAACAAGUGCAUGUUUGAGGGCUGUAAUAAAGCGUUCUCUCGCUUGGAGAACCUGAAGAUCCACUUGCGCAGUCACACAGGUGAGAAGCCGUACCUGUGUCAGCACCCCGGAUGUCAGAAAGCCUUCAGCAACUCCAGCGACCGAGCCAAGCACCAGCGCACACACCUGGACACCAAGCCGUACGCGUGUCAGAUCCCCGGCUGCACGAAGCGCUACACGGACCCCAGCUCCCUGCGCAAACACGUCAAAAUCCACUCGGCUAAAGAGCAGCAGCUGAGGACGUGUCCGCAUUUGGAACCAGACGCUCUGAGUGAAUGCCUGCACCUACAUGGCCCCGCCCCCUCGCAGCAUUGCCCUGCCUCUUCUCAGCAUUGCCACGCCCCGUCCCAACAUCCCGUUAACGGGAAGGACGGACGCUCCUCGGCACUGGGACAGGACAUGUUCACAGGCUUGUUCUCUGGCUCCAGCGCUGAUCUGCUCUCUGCCCCUCCCCACCUCCCCCCACGACCUCCCCGCCUGGACCGCGAUGACAUCAUCAACUCCCAGAACGCUCCACAGCUGCCCUCAGCACCCCGAGAUGGGUUAUCCGGUCCGUUGCUCUCUCCAGGAAUCAGUCCACUGAAGGCUCCGUCUCCAUCUUCCACACUGGUGGAGAAACAGCAGAACCUCUCGUCCACACAGCAGCACCACAAAGCCUACUCCAACUUCCACAACCUCACUGAAGAUUAUCGAGGAAACUUCCAGAGCUGCUUUCACUUCGGGGAGACUUACAGAGCCGAGCACAACAUCAACACUCACGUCCCUGCAGAGGCGCACAACUAUAACACACAAACACACAACGGCUUACACACCGGGUGCUCCAAUACAGGGUUCAGUUUGGUACCGGAUCUCGGGGGCUCCGUGUCUCAGUUCAGUCUCAGUGCGGAGGACAGCGUCUUCUUCCAGCUGGGAGCCUUCGAGCGCAGCCUGAGUCAAAUGUCUUCAGUCUACACAGAGACGUAGAGCAUCACUCCGUCACUCUAUCACUCCGUCACUCUAUCACUCCGUCAUUCCAUCACUUCGUCACUCUAUCACUCCAUCACUCCGUCACUCAGUGACUUUAUCACUCCGUCAC